UCUCUCCCUCCUCCCGCGGUCCCUCCCUCUGUUCCUCCUCCCUGUCUCCGCCUUUCCCUCCGCUGCCCCUGCCUCCUCUCCCGGCCUGUCCCGGCAUCCGUUCUGUGUGCUCCUUCCAGCCGCCGGCCCCCGCCCCAUCCCUACCCUUUCCCCGUCCCUGCCCCUCGGCGACUCCACCCCCGCCAGUCCUCACCUCCUGGCUGGUGUGUCUUGACGAGGGGACAAGUUUGGGGUGUUUAUUAUUCUCCCGCCUAGCAACGAUGGCCGCCCGGCCCGAGCGGCCGCAGGCUGUUGGGGAGCAUCCAUGGCCCAGGCCCUGGCCUUUUCAGGAAGGGCAGUCGGCGGCAGGGCAGCCUGGGGAUGUGGCCUCCCUCCCCCGCGAGCAGAGGCGGUGGCCUCAGGCCGGGGUCUCGCAGCCGCUGCCCAGGGGCAGCGCCAAGAUGAGCAUCACCUCCUGGUUCCUGGUGAGCAGCGGCGGCACCCGCCACCGGCUCCCGCGAGAGCUCAUCUUCGUGGGGCGUGAGGACUGCGAGCUCAUGCUGCAGUCCCGCAGCGUUGACAAGCAGCACGCCGUCAUCAAUUACGACCAGGACAGGGACGAGCACUGGGUGAAGGACCUGGGCAGCUUGAAUGGGACGUUCGUGAACGAGGUGCGCGUCCCCGACCAGAAGUACGUCACGCUGAGGCUCAACGACGUCCUGCGCUUCGGCUACGAUCCCAACAUGUACGUGCUGGAGCGUGUGCAGCAUCGCGUCCCCGAGGAGGCGCUCAGGCACGAGAAGUACACCAGCCAGCUGCAGGUGGGCGUCACAGGCCCAGCGCCCAAGAGGGGCGAGACGCUGCCCGAGCAUGCGCCUUACUGCGAGUCUUCGAACCCCCGGCUGGAGCGGGGGGACCGGAGACCAGGGGCAGAGACGACAGCCUACCGCACGCCCCUGUACGGACAGCCCUCCUGGUGGGGUGAGGACGAUGGUGGCACCGUGCCUGAGGACCGGCCUCAGGAGGGGCCACACCCAGAGCGGCCCAAGGAGCUGGCACAGCAGGACGGGGACCUCGCUGGGACUAUGGCCGGCUUCCGGGCCCCUGGGGAGUCUCAGGGCUACUCAUUCCGGCGGGAGCCCAGCUACUUUGAGAUCCCCACGAAGGAGUCGCCAGCGCCACGGCCCCCCGAGGCGCCGGCCCCUGAGGCACCCACCAAGGAGGUGGCGCUGGGCGGGGGCGGGGGCGGGGCGUCGCCCGUGGUGCAGAGCCACGCCUCCUUCACCAUCGAGUUCGACGACUGCAGCCCUGGCAAGGUGAAGAUCAAGGACCAUGUCACCAAGUUCUCCCUGCGCCAGCGGCGGCCCCCGGGCAGGGAGCCCACGCCCGUCGAGGUGGUCUCCGCGGAGACCAAGGUGGCCGACUGGCUGGUGCAGAAUGACCCCGGCCUGCUGCGCCAGGCUGGUCCUGGGGACGACCGCCACAGCACCAAGAGCGACCUGCCCGUCCACACGCGCACCCUGAAGGGCCACAAGCACGAGGAUGGCACGCAGAGCGACUCCGAGGACCCCCUGGCCAAGGCAGCCGCGGCAGCCGGGGUCCCCGUGGACAGCGGGGAGCAGGCGCGGCUGCAGAGGCAGAUCAAGCGGGAUCCCCAGGAGCUGCUGCACAACCAGCAGGCCUUCGUCAUCGAGUUCUUCGACGAAGACACACCCCGCAAGAAGCGGUCCCAGUCCUUCACCCACACCCCGUCCGGGGACCCCAAGCCCGACAAGCGCCGGGGCCAGGGGCCGGCCGACAGGGACCGCCCCGCGCGCACCCAGGAGGAGGACGACAGCCUCAGCGACGCGGGGACCUACACCAUCGAGACGGAGACGCAGGACCAGGAGGUGGAGGAGGCCCGCAGGAUGAUCGACCAGGUGUUCGGCGUGCUCGAGUCCCCCGACCUCUCCAGGGUGUCCUCGGCCAUUUUUCGCCCAGUCAUCAGAGGGGACACAGACGAACGUGGUGAUGGCAUGACCCCGCGCGUGGCCCCGCUGCAGGAGUUUGCCUCCCGGCCAGCGGGUGCGACACCCCAGGGGGUGCUCCAGGGCCUCCCAGUGCCGGGCUCCCCUGGGGGUCAGAAGUGGGUGUCCCGCUGGGCCAGCCUGGCUGACAGCUACUCGGACCCUGGCCCGGCAGAAGACAGUCCUGGGCGCAGAGCCGGGGAGCUCGAGGGGGCCCUGCCUGUGCGCCAGCGGCGACUGCUCCCACCGCUGCCCAGCGACAGGGUGGACGGCCCUGCUGGCCCCGAGGCCGCGCAGAGGAGUGGGCCCGGGCCACCGGAGUCCAGCAGUGAGCGGCCCAGCUGCCUCUUGGGUCAGGAGGACUUGGAACCCGACAGCCUCAGUGACGCCAGUGGGUCAGAUGGGGGACGUGGCGCAGAGCCAGGUGGUGGCCUGCAGGAGGAGAGACGCAGGAGUCCCCAGGAGGGACCAGUGUGGACGCGGGGCCGGCGCUCACCAAGGGCCCCCGGGGAGCCAGCCCCCACUUCCUUCUUCAUUGGGGACCAGAACGGGGAGGCUGCCUUUCCCCAGAGAACGUCCGUGGCUCCAGGGGAGAUGGGCGGCUCAGGGCUGGCGGCCCAGCCCAGUCCCUCAGUGAGGGACGGUGUCUACGUCAGCACCAACGGCAGGAUGGUCAUCCAGCUGCAGACAAAGCAGUCCCCAGAGCCUGAGAGGCCGGCUGCAGCCCAGGCCAAGGAGGCCCUGGCCUUUGCCCGGCAAGAGAGCUUCACCAAGGAGCCGGCCAGCGGCACCCCCGCGCCUGGCCAGCUCCCGCACAUCUCCAGCCACCCCCUCCUGCAGGACCUGGCUGCAGCCCGGGCCUUACGCACGGACCUCCACGCCCAGGACACUCACCUGAUCCUCAAGGAGACGGAGACGGCCCUGGCGGCGCUGGAGGCCCGGCUUCUCUCCAAGUCUGCAGCCGGGACGGAGGGCGAGGCGGGCGAUGCUCCUCGGCCGCCCGAGGACUCCCUGUCUGGGGACUCUGACGUGGACACCGCCAGUACCGUCAGUUUGCUCAGUGGCAGGAACGGGCCCAGCCCUACGAGCCCCCAGCUCACAGGGCAGCAGAGGGAGAAGCCGCCGUCCCCACCAGCAGCACAGGACCUGGGGGCGGCAGCCCUCAGCAGCUCCCGAGAGGGGCUCUCGGAGAAGCUGCACCGCCCAGCGGGCGUGGCGGACACAGGCCGUGGCGAGCCAGCACGGCGCCUGGCCCUGCCGCGUGGCCAGGGCCUCCAGGGGUCCCCGGACUGGCCCGACGAGGACCGAGGCUCUGGCCUUGUCCACCCACCUGGCUCAAGCAUGGUCGUCUCUGACCACGAGGCCCCUAUGGUCCCCGGGACGGGGCGGCCAGCAUCUCGCCGGAAACCCACAGCCCCACCACCGACCCCAGCAGCCCGGGAAGAGCAGAGCCGGGGCUCAGCCAGCGCCCAGAAGGUGCAGCAGGCGCUGACACGCUCCAACAGCCUGUCCACCCCGCGGCCCACACGCGCCUCCCGGCUGAGGCGGGCCCGGCUGGGGGACGCCUCGGACACAGAGGUGGCUGACGGCGAGCGGGGGCCCCUGGCCAACCCCGAGCCGGUGGGGCGGCCGGCAUCCGAGCAGGCCAAGAAGCUGUCGCGCCUGGACAUUCUGGCCAUGCCCCGGAAGCGGGCGGGCUCCUUCACGGGGCCCGGCGACUCAGAGGCGGUACCCCCCCGCACGGGCUUCUCCGGCCGCAGCGUCGAGGCGUGCUGCACCGGCCGCAAGCCCACCAUGGCCGAGGCCCGCACCGCCGCCAGGAAGACGGCCAGCACCGCCGCGGCUUCCCGCCAGCCCUUCAGCAGGGCCCGCCCCGGCAGCGCCCGCUACUCCUCGCCCAGCACACGCCGCCGGCAGCAGGGCUCCGACUGCACGUCCACCUCGGAGGAGGAGUACGGCUCGCACCAGGCCUCCCCCAGGCACCCGCGCGCCCGCGCCUCGGCAGCCACGCAGACCCCACGCGCCAGCAGCUGCACCCGGGCCCGGCCCCGUGACACGGACGACGAGGAGGAGGAGCCCGACCCCUACGCCUUCAUCGUGCAGACGGCGGAGAUCGCGGAGAUCGCCCGGCUGAGCCAGACACUGGUGAAGGACGUGGCCAUCCUGGCCCGGGAGAUCCAUGAUGUGGCCGGUGACGGCGACUCUCUGGGCUCACCCGGGCCCGCCCGAAGCCCCGCCCUCAGCAACGUGCCCAGCACCCCCGCCUCGACCAUCUACGCCCGCGAGGAGCUGGUGCAGCGCAUCCCAGAGGCCAGCCUCAACUUUCAGAAGGUGCCUCCUGGCUCCCUGAGCGCCCGGGACUUGGACCAGAACAUGAACGACUGUCGUGAGGACCCCCUGACCAACAAAACACGGCCUCGGAACCGCGAGGAGGUGAUCUUCGAUAACCUGAUGCUGAACCCCGUGUCCCAGCUGUCCCAUGCCAUCCGCGAGAACACGGAGCACCUUGCCGAGAAGAUGAAGAUCCUUUUCCAGAACACGGGGCGUGCGUGGGAGGACCUGGAAGCCAAGAUCAACGCGGAGAACGAGGUGCCCAUCCUGAAGACGUCCAACAAGGAGAUCAGCUCCAUCCUGAAGGAGCUGCGUCGCGUGCAGAAGCAGCUGGAAGUCAUCAAUGCCAUCGUGGACCCUAGCGGGAACCUGGACCAGCUAACCGCAAACAGGGGCUCUGUGGUCUCGGCCCAGCCUGGGCGAGGCCGGCCGGCUGCCCAGAGCCCAUCUCCACCCGCUUUGGCCCUACCCCUGCGGAGCUUCCCGCAGAGGGCCAGCUGCGGGUCCCCCAGCCUCCCAGACCCCACCUUCCUCCCCGACUUCCUCCCCGACACGGAGAGGUUCCUGAUGUAGGCGGGCGGCUGCCCACCGCCCCGUCCACCGCUGCGGCCCCUCCCGGUUGUGGACGGUUCACCGUAAAGACCCCCACACGUGCCAUAACCCCACGGCGGGCACCCCUGUGCCCAGGCCCCCUCCCAGCUACCAGCCCUGCCCCCGCCGGCCUUCUGGUCCAGCUCCUGAUGCGGCCACUGCCAGAGGCCAGCGCUGCGGUGGGUCCCCACGUCCUGUCCUUCACUGUUACUUCUGUCUUUAGCUUUCAAGGA